AUGGAUUUCUACAAACAACGGAGGUUUAUAUGUGAGAUUACCGGCCAUUCGGGCCUGACAUUCUUCGAGGCGCUCCGCAGUGAGGUACAUUUACCAUUGGGAACCGACGAGGAAUACGCGCUAAACUUCAAGCAGACGGAGGAGUCGCGUGAGGUCAACAACAGUUUCCCAGAUGCUCUGAGAGAGCCAAUUCUGCGCCGAAUUCAGUUUUCUACCGUCUCACGGGUAGACAGCUUGGUGGAUGAGGUUUACGAAGAAUUCAAAUCAGACUUUUACCCCGGUGAAGCUGUGCUGAUUUUGCUAGAGGACAGCAGCCGACUUCACGGUACCAUCAGAGAUAAGGCCAACUUUGCAGAGCAACUCUACGCCGAUGGAACCAUCAAAACACCUGCUUUUGCUAGAUAUCUAGUUAAGAUUCUGGAUCGACAAAACGAGGAGGCUCUGCUGGACCAGGACCACAUCACGCGGGAUCGAAAGGCAUUCACGAAGUUGAUGCUGCGUGGGUUUAUUAAGAACAAUGUGACUAGAGAAUCAUGGACCGGCGCUCCAUGGUUGGUCAAGCCAUCUGUCGCAGAGACUUACAAGAUCCCGAUUGAGGUCCCCAAGCACCUGCAGUAUGGUGCGAAGGUGGCCGAAAAGAAAGCAAUGAAGAAAGCCGAUCAAGAUGGCUUCUUCGGUUUCUUCUCUUCCCAGCAGCUGCCCGAGCUGAAGCCGGCGCUCAAGGGACAGAAGUCGAAGUUGUCAGCUCACGACAUGGUCAAAUCUAGGGAGGCCCAGUAUCAAGAAUACCAGCGAUCCCUGAACGGCGAUGCCUCAUUCCUGCUGCCUUCCAACCCCCUGCGCCCUUCCAAACCGCCACUGGUUGGCGACAGGAAGCAUGCUGGUUCACCAUCAGCAGUGGUCAAGCAUGAAUCGAGAAUGGCAACCCCUCCCCCAAUCAAGUAUCCCAUUGAGGAUCUUGAACUUGCCCCCGAUGCCGAGAAACAACAUCGUCCGACCCUCAAGUUCAUGAUGGUAGGUGAUUCUGAUGAUGAAGCCGUGCAGGACCUCCUUCCGGAUGACCUAGAGCCUGAGACGGUCGGAUUACUCCUGGAAACCUGGAAUACACUGAAUGUCUACUGUGAAGUCUUUGAGCUGGACUCUUUCCCCUUCGAUGAUUUCAUCCAAGCCAUGCGAUUCUCGUCGGAGGAAAUUGAUUGUGAACUUCUUGUAGAGGUGCACUGCGCUGUCCUCAAGAAACUCGUGAACGCAUCUGACGGUGGCGAUGGCGCCGUUCAAGUCACCCUCCCAGAUUUCCCAGUCGAUGAAUCUGAUGAGUCUGAAGAAGAGGAGGAAGAGGAAGACGACGAGGAAGAGUCUCCAAAGCCUCAGACCAAGCCCGAGAGAAUGGCAACCCGAGGCAGUCUGGCUAAGGAAGAGUUGGUCACAAUCAAAUCACAGAUCGAAGAGGCCGAGCCGGAAGAAACGCGCCUGCAUCGCGCCGACGAGCUGUUCGAGAAAUCCGGUUGGAUCGACCGCCUUCGCAAACGAGACUUCCGCAACGGUGGGUGGCAGACAGUGAUGGUGGGAUUACUGCAUCAACUGUCUGUUCGACCUCGUUCGGAGCAGGUUUGCAACGACAUUCUCAAACACCUGGUGCCUCUCGAUAUUGAUCCCACCCCCAGCACUGUGCAGGAGAACUAUCAGACUUUGGACAUCAACCUGCGUGCCAAGGCACUGCAGAAAAUCUGUAUGCUGAGCUUGGAGACGAAGGCUAUCCGAAACUAUCUAGAGGAGUGCAGCAACCAGAUGACAGAGCUCCGCAAGGAAAAGAUCGAGUACCAAAAGGCGCGCAAAGCAGCACUCAUCGAGCUUCGCCAAUUACACCAGGAGCGCAAGGCUGUGCAGCCUGAACCCGAGAAGGCCGGCAAGUCACCCACCCCGGUUCCCGAACUGGACGGCCUGGACGAUUCGAGAAUGACCGGUCUCGAAGGAGACUCCGAGAUGGUUGUGGACUCAGAAGAUGAGGAUGCUCCCCGACCGCGCGCUCUGCGUGGCGGAGUGGACAGAGCCCUGGAGCGCAAACGCAAGCAAGAGCUCGAGAAGGAGCGCAAGGAGAUCCUCGCCAAGCAACCGAAGGGAUCGAAGCAGUAUCAGAAAGUCUUGAAGAAGAUCGACGACCAGAAGGCCAAGAUCGAGAAACUCCAGGAGCAAAUCGAGACCGUGGAGAACAGCCUGCGCGAAACCGACUGUCCCCGCACCAAGUGCCUUGGCCAGGAUCGCUUCUGCAACCGUUACUGGUGGUUCGAGCGCAACGCGAUGCCUUACGAGGGCAUGCCGGAGAGUUCGAGCGCCGAAGCAGGCUACGCCAACGGCCGCUUGUGGGUGCAAGGUCCGGACGAGCUGGAAUACUCUGGGUUCAUUGACGUGACCGACGAACAACGCAAGCAGUACCAGCGACACUUCCACACCACCCCGGCUGAGCGCAAGAAGCACGAAGAGGGACCGACCCAUCUCUCCAAUGCCCGUGAAUGGGGAUACUACGAAGACCCCGAGGCCCUCGACCAGCUCAUCGAAUGGCUCGAAGUACGCGGCAACCGGGAGUCCAAAUUGAUGAAGGAACUUCUCCUUCAGCAGGACGUUAUCGCCAAGUACAUGAAGACUCGCAAGGACUACCUCGCUGAAACCCCGGAGCGAGCUGAGUCGGAGGAUCUCCCCACAAAGCGCGUGACUACCCGCACCAAGACCUACGUGGACGUGAGUGACAACCGCCUCCGCUGUCUCCGCUGGAGGAACCACACGGCUCUCUCUGUCCAUGGCCAUCUUCAUGUUGACCCUGGGCGCCCGACCAAGCGCAAGCGGGUCAGCGAUGACACCCGUGGUGCGAAGGCAGCUAAACAGGCGAAGCCCUUACGGACUCGUGCGCAGCGCAAGGGCUGA